AUGGUGAGGAGUAACGACGGUGGGGUUUCGAGGGAGACGCAGAUGUCGAUCGAGGCGUCGUCGAUGUUUCCCGGGUUCAAAUUCUCGCCGACGGACGUGGAGCUGAUAUCCUACUACCUGAAGAAGAAGUUGGACGGCGACGAGAAGUGCGUCGAGGUGAUUCCUCAGGUGGAGAUCUGUAAACACGAGCCAUGGGACUUGCCAGCGAAAUCAAUAGUCCAAUCGGAGACGGAGUGGUUCUUCUUCUCGCCUCGAGGCCGGAAGUACCCCAACGGCUCCCAGAGCAAGAGGGCGACGCCGCUCGGCUACUGGAAGGCCACCGGCAAAGAGCGCAACGUCCGAUCCGGCUCCGCCGUCAUCGGCACCAAACGCACCCUCGUCUUCCACAUCGGCCGCGCCCCCAAGGGCGAGCGCACCGAGUGGAUCAUGCACGAGUACGCCCUGUACGCCGGCGCCAAUGACUCAAUGGUCGCGUGCCGGCUGAGGAGGAACGUGGAUUUCCGCGGCCACCACAGCAAUUGCAAUGGCAUCUCAACAGAGAACAAAAAUGAACACGGAGCAGAGAGCUCGAAGAAGACGGACAGCAGCUCCGGCUCCCACUCGAUCGAGCAGCCCAACGGCGGCGCCACUCCUGCUGCUGCGGCCGAGUCCUCGAGCCGCCCCCACCACGAUCAAUUCCAGCUGCAAAUGCUGGAGGAAUCGUGCCGGGGGCUCGAGUUCUCGGACCACGAGGAGGAGGACGAUUUCUUCGCCGACAUUCUCAACGACGACAUUGUCAGCCUCGACGACCAGCUGUCGGCAGGCCUCGCUGCCCCGGACAUUUCGGUCUCUGCGGCGGCAAUACAGGGGCUGGCGCCGUCCUGGCUGGCGCCGCAGCAGCAGCAGCAGGGGAAGCUGGGAGAAGAAUCGAAAGACAGGGGAAGGGAAAGGGAAGAGGCAGAGGCAGAGGCAGAGGAAGCGGAGAAGGAGAGGCAGAAGAGGGAGAAGAAGGUGCCGAGCUGCGCGGUGGGGCUGGUGAUGUUCGUGGAGAAGAAGCGCGGGAAAGCGGUGGCGGUGCUGUUCGUGGUGACGGUGCUGAUUGUGGUUGGGUUGAUGGCCUUGUUUGGGUCUCUGUUUAGCCAUGAUAAGGUUUCUGGGAGGAUCAGGGAACUCGUGCAUCUGCCGGCGUUGGCGUUUAGGUCACACUCCUGGAAGGUGCUGCAACGAUGGUGA